AUCUACUUAGAAAACUGGCUUAAUAACAAUCUAGUUACCUUCUGUUUUGUGCAAUAUACUAAUAGCCUAUGUUGUAUCAAGAUCAUUUGUACCUAAUCUGACAGAUCAGUUUUAGUUUAAUGUCGAUUUUUUAGCCAUCAGACAAUCGUCUAUCAACCAGUUAAAAGCAUGUAAACGAUAUAACAGGCAUCUAUCUCAUGGUGAUACAUUUCCACUUCCCACCUUUUUAUCAACUGAGCUUUUGUAAAUCAGAGAGAGAUCGUAAAACAUUGUGUAGUAGCUCGCCAAAAUUUCGGUCGGACGGAUAGCUUGAUCAUUUCCGAAAUGUGGAUACAUUGUCAUUGAUCAGUUAGCUGGACCGCAUUCAGGAAUCUGUACAGAUAAAGUCAGUUGAAGGGACAACGAAGAUCGAUUCAGGCGAUGGUCUAACCGUUGGCAAUAGCCUACUAUUUGAUUAUUUUAAGCACUUUUAAAGUGAUAGGCUAGUUUCCAAAAAUAUUUAUAUUCCUGUUGAUAAUGCUGGAUGGUCGAAGUGAUGAAGUUCACAAGAGGCAUUUGCCGACUGCUGGGCAUUGGAGGCGAUGGGUCGGGUGAGCCACAGGACAUGGACUGUGGAGGACGAGAAAAUCCAGCUCCUGGUGGAAAGGCCCUGACUGGCGAGGAGGAGUUGAGCGAGGAGGAGAAGAUCAGGAGAAGAGCAGAGAGACGUAGGGCCAAGAGGAAGCGCCAGAGAGAACGGCGGAAACUACUGAGGGAGAAGAGCGGAGACGCCAGGCAGCACCGGGAUGAAGGAGUGGGUUCGGAGUCCGAGAGCGAAAGUGAAGAGGAGGAGGAGGAGCAGAGGGAGGUGGAUCAUAUUGCGCCUCCUCCCAGGAACAUGGCUCUGCCUCCUCUGGCUGCGUCUGGGAACAAGGAGAACAACCAGGCCCCAGGUCGGACCCCGGAGGAGGAGCCAGAGUGGGACGUCAGCAGUGCGUUUGUGGCCAACGCAGCCAGUCACAUCAGACCGAAAGCUCGGAGCAGAGCAGGCCACGCCUCCAGGGAGAACAAGGAGAACGAGGCCAGGACGAGCAAGGCGGAGAGCUCAGAUUCUGAGAAGAUAAGGGGAGCCUCGCUAACAGAGAAGGGCAUUCAGCUGUUCAAGCAGGGCCAAUACAACCAGGCUGUGGACAUGUUCUCUGAGGCCAUCUUUUGUGACCCCAACGACCACAGGUUUUUUGGGAAUCGUUCAUACUGCUACUGGUGUCUGGAGCUCUACCAGUCUGCCCUGUCAGAUGCUCAGACGUCCAUCCAGCUUGCCCCUGACUGGCCGAAGGGACACUUCCGUAAAGGGAGCGCGCUGAUGGGGUUGAAGAGGUACGGUGAGGCCCAGAAGGCCAUGCAGCAGGUGCUUAGCCUGGACCCGGGCUGUGAGGAGGCUUCCGCUGAGCUCUUCAACUGCCAGGUCCUGCAGCUCAUGGACCUGGGUUUUGAGGAGGAGCAGAGCGUGCUCCUGCUGGAGAAGUUUACCACGGUGGAGGGGGCUCUCGCCUCCCUCGAUGCUGACAAAGCGGUGGACCCCUCCCCUCAGGACUCCUCUGGGGCCCCCUGUCCAUCUCUCUGGGUGGGCAACGUCACGGCGGACCUUACGGAGGAGCACAUAUGGGACCUCUUCAAAACGUGUGGGGAGGUGGAGAGUGUCCGGGUUCUGCACCAGAGAUUCUGCGCCUUCGUCAACUUCAAGAACGCCAGUAUGGCCGCUCGUGCCUUGGAGAGGCUGCAUGGGGUGGAGCUUGAGAACACCCGUUUGGUGAUCAGGUACCCCGACCGCUGGAUACAGAGGACCCCACCUCCUCCUCAGAGGAUAGGCUCCGUAGGCCUGAACACCUCCCAGAGCUCCUCCACGGGGAGGAUGGCUCCCAUAAACGGUGACGAGUGCUUCUUCUGGAGAACCACCGGCUGUCUCUACGGUGAAAAGUGUCGAUUCAAACACAAGCCUGACCAGCGCGGAAGAGACAAGAAACCAUGGCAACCCUGACGCACCCAGACUACGGCGACCAUCACGCGCCCGCAAGAUAUGACCGUGGGAAGAAGAGGGACUUUCUGAAGCUUGACAAAGAGGACACUUCUGCAUGGAACAUUGUAUGGGUUGGUGGGGGGCACACAAGACUGAACCCCCCCCCCCCCCCCCCCCCCCUUGGGUCCCAAGGUGCGGUGGAUUGUUGUCGGGUCUUGGAGGUUGUCUUAAUGUUCUGGCUUGGCGACUAAUGCCCCAGCCAUCAUUCACAACCAUGUUGUAAACACUAAAGGAACUGUUCCCUCAGCCACUCACCCCCCCUAAAUGUGUGUGUGUGUGUGUGUGUGUGUGUGUGUGUGUGUGUGUGUGUGUGUGUGUGUGUGACCGACCCCUUGUGAUGUCGCUGAUGCAGUAUUUGGCUUUGACAAUGUGAGGUUGUCCAGUGGUUCUCAACUCCAGGCCCGGGGACCCAGGAUGCUCGUUGUCAUUCUAGCCCUCCAAGUCCGGACCGAUGUAGACCUUGGGGGCCGGGUAGAAUUAUAAAACCUUGAGUCCGAAGGGCUGGAGCUGGAGAACCACUAAUGUAGGACCUGUCCUUACUACAUCUCACGACCCCUGGAACAGUGUUCCAUGUAUUAGUGACACCGACUGGCCGGGUCAUGCUGUGGCCCUGGGAGCGCUGUCACACGUCAGGUGAAUGGAAGUGACUAGCCUGCCGAAUGACUGUUAGGGAGCCUUAUUGCAAAAAUGACUGUCAGUGCCCCCCCCCGAAUUCUAGGUUGGGACAGUUAAGUAUACAAAGUUUUAUCCGUUGCCGUUUGUUCAUUCGUAAUAAAAAUCCUUUAACCAAA